AUGGCGGUGUCUCCGACCUCCACGACCAACCCAUCUUCUCUCUUCAUCAUCUCCUUCGUCUUCCUCAUCCUCUUUUUCUUCUUCGUCCUACCCACGGCCUCUGCGUCCCUGCGGCUCCCCCCUCCCGCUUUCCGGGAGGCCCCGGCCUUCCGUAACGCCGAGGACUGCACCGCCGGCGAUGCCGUCCACAUCGCGAUGACCCUCGACUCGAACUACCUGCGCGGUACGAUGGCCGUCGUCCUCUCCGUGCUGCAGCACACCUCCUGCCCCGCCAACAUCGCCUUCCACUUCCUCGCCGCCGGCGCCGACGGCGAACCCUCUGCCGCCGCGCUCCGCGCCGCCUUCCCCUACCUCAUCUUCCACGUCCACCGCUUCGACUCGGGCCGAGUUCGCGGCCGCAUCUCUCGCUCCAUCCGCCUCGCCCUCGACCAGCCGCUCAACUACGCGCGCAUCUACCUCGUCGACGCGUUGCCGCGGGCAGUGCGGCGAGUUAUCUACCUCGACUCGGACGUGGUGGUGGUGGACGAUAUCAGGGCCCUGUGGGGCGUGGACCUGCGGGGGAGGGUGGUGGCGGCGCCGGAGUAUUGCCACGCCAACUUCACGGAGUACUUCACGGAGGCCUUCUGGGGGGACCCGGCCCUGGCCAAGACCUUCAAGGGGAGGCGGCCCUGCUACUUCAACACGGGGGUGAUGGUGAUGGACGUGGAGAGGUGGCGCAGAGGGGGGUACACGAGGAUGGUGGAGAACUGGAUGGCGGUGCAGAAGAGGAAGAGGAUAUACCAGCUGGGGUCGUUGCCGCCUUUCCUGCUGGUGCUGGCCGGGGAGAUCGAGGCCGUUGACCACAGGUGGAACCAGCACGGCCUGGGAGGGGACAACGUGGAGGGGAGGUGCCGGGAUCUGCACCCGGGCCCCGUCAGCCUCCUGCACUGGAGUGGCAAGGGGAAGCCCUGGCUUAGGCUGGACUCCAGGAAGCCGUGUGCCGUUGACCACCUGUGGGCACCCUACGAUCUUUACAAGUCCUCGUCUUCUUCACCUUACCUGGAAAAUUGA